AUGCAGGCUGUGCCUUCUAAGGUCACCCCAGCCCCCGACGCUGAGCAGAAAGGUGACGAUGUCAGUCCCGAGAAGGAGGAGAAGGAUCCUGAGGCCGGUGACCGGGUUGAUGUGCUGCCUGACGGCACCGACUCGCAGCUUGGUGAUCUUAUAAGUAACCCCCUCCUUGGGCUUCCCUACCACCGGGGUUGUAACUGCGGUUAA